AGUCUAUUGGAAAAUCAGUAGUACCGUAUAACCUUAAGUAACUGAUAAGGAAGAAAAACAUUUAGUGUUAUUUAACCUAAGUGGUUAGUGAACGUGAAACAGAAAAUUGACAAGCAUUACAGUACCCAUUAUUUGUUCCUCAUUGGCACAAUUUUGAAGAAGAAAAAUGGAUCCAGAAUCUAUAUUCUACGCUGUGUUUGCAUUUAUGUGGCUGGUCUAUUUAUGGGAGUCAUAUUUAUCAUAUAGACAGAGGGAGCUAUACAGAACUGUGACACAUAUACCAGAGAAGUUAAAGGGUGUAAUGGAUCAAGAGACAUAUGAGAAAGCCAGGCUGUAUAAUCUUGACAAGAGCAACUUUGGCUUCUGGGUAGGAAUUUGGGGAGAAAUUGAACAUUCUCUGAUAUUGUUAUAUGGUGGAAUUCCAUUUCUGUGGAAUAUAUCUGGAAAUGUAUUGGCCAACUAUGGCUAUGACUCCAGCUAUGAGAUUCUGCAAUCAGUGGUAUUUCUGAUGUUUUCCAUGUGUUUUUCAACAGUCACCAGUAUGCCAUUUUCAGUGUACAGUACCUUUGUCAUUGAACAAAGACAUGGAUUCAAUAAACAGACACCAGGAUUCUUUGUGAAAGAUCAGAUCAAGAAGUUCUUUGUAACCAUGGCGAUUGCUUUACCAAUCACAGCGUUGUUGAUCUACAUUAUACAGAUUGGUGGGGACUACUUCUUUAUCUAUGUGUGGCUAUUCCUACUAGUAGUCUCCCUUCUGAUGAUUACAAUCUAUGCUGAUUACAUCGCUCCAUUGUUUGAUAAAUUUACACCAUUACCUGAAGGAGAACUGAGAACUAAGAUUGAGAAUCUAGCAAAGAGUAUUGAUUUCCCUCUAACUAAACUCUAUGUGGUGGAAGGUUCUAAGAGGUCUUCCCACAGCAAUGCCUACUUUUAUGGGUUUUUCAAGAACAAAAGAAUUGUUUUGUUUGAUACAUUAUUAGAGGAUUAUUCCCCAUUGAAUGAGGGCAAAAAGGAAGGGGAGUCUGAAGAUAAAAGUGAUGAAAAGACAGAAGAAGAACCCAAAGUGGAUGAAACCAACACAGAGAAACCCAAAGAGCAUAAGAAACAAGGUUGUAACAAUGAAGAGAUUCUAGCUGUUCUAUCUCAUGAACUAGGCCACUGGAAAUUAGGACAUAUAAUCAAAAAUCUAGUCAUAUCUCAGGUGAACUCAUUCAUGUGUUUUGCUGCCUUCGCUUUCCUCAUAGAUCAACAAGUAUUAUAUACAGCAUUUGGAUUCAAUACUCGGCCAACUCUUAUAGGACUCGUUAUCAUUUUCCAGUAUGUGUUUUCACCCUACAAUGAGAUACUGUCCUUCUGUGUGACUGCUCUGUCGAGGAUGUUCGAGUUUCAGGCCGACAACUUUGCCAAGAAGCUGCGAUACACGGAACCACUGAAAACUGCCCUCAUUAAACUAAAUAAAGACAAUCUAGGUUUCCCCGUCAAUGACUGGCUGUAUUCAACAUGGCAUUUCUCUCAUCCUCCGUUGCUGGAAAGAAUUAAGGCUCUAGAAAAAUCUGAUUAAUAUCAUAUAGACUUUUUAGCUUAUCAGAUUUAAAUAAGCUGUGCUUUACACUUCUACAGCUGAUGUUGUAUAAUUAAUUUUUUUCUUUUUCUGCUUUGAAUUAUUAUUUAUCUGUUGUUAAUUUAUGAGGUUUUUGUCGUUAAAGUGAAUUGGUCUAUAAUGGAAGGUCUGUAAAACUCAAUAAACAAUUCAUUUGAACAUAUUCUAGUAUUGUACAUAACAACAAAACAUGAAAGAAUUAUAUAUGGAUGUUGUUGGCAAGUGUGAGAUACACGAUCUGAUUUUAAAUAUUUUUAGGCUAUAAAAUUUUGUAGAACAAAAUAUUUUUUACCAUAUGAAUGUCCAUACCAAAUCAUUUAGAACUUUAUCAACAUUUUUUUUUCAAGCAAUGUUUUUUAAGAAUAUCCAAACGAUACAUUUCUGUUGUUUUUUGUCAGUAUUUGAAAUACUGAAAAUAUGUCUGUUGUAGACCAAUUCACUUUAAUAAUUAAGUGGUGCAUCAAUUAUGGCAUAUGUUAGAAAAUUUUAAGAAUUUAAAGUACAAAACUUGGAUUUCUGAUGUAAUGUUGAAAGGACUAAAUCAAGAAGAGCUAUAUAAUUAUCACUACUAUAUGUGUACAUAUCUGAACACUUUGCUGAAAAUCUUUAUGGAUUUCAUUGUAUAUAAAUUGCUAAUGUUAUUCAGAUAAAACCUUUGUAAGUAGCAGUGUACAAAAAAAUAGCAGUGUUCAAAAAUGUAUCAAUGACGGAAUGUGUAAGUAAAUGUAUCAAAAAAUCA